GACAGCUCUGGGGGCAGCUCAUGUGACCUCCCGCCCAGGACCCCAGCACCAUGACGGUUUCAUACACCCUCAAAGUGGCAGAGGCUCGCUUUGGAGGCUUCUCCAGCUUGCUUCUCCGCUGGAGGGGAAGCAUCUACAAGCUCCUCUACAAAGAAUUCCUCCUCUUCGUUGCCCUGUAUGCUCUGCUCAGCAUCAUCUACCGGCUCCUGCUGACCCAGGAGCAGAGGCAUGUGUAUGCUCAGGUGGCCCGAUACUGUAAUCGUUCUGCAGAUCUCAUCCCCUUAUCCUUUGUACUGGGUUUCUACGUGACCCUGGUGGUGAACCGCUGGUGGGCCCAGUAUACAAGCAUCCCGCUGCCAGACCAGCUGAUGUGCGUCAUCUCGGCCAGCGUGCACGGCGUAGACCAGCGUGGCCGCCUGCUGCGCCGCACCCUCAUCCGCUAUGCCAACCUGGCGUCCGUGCUGGUGCUGCGCUCGGUCAGCACCCGCGUGCUCAAGCGCUUCCCCACCAUGGAGCACGUGGUGGACGCAGGUUUCAUGUCCCAGGAAGAGAGGAAAAAGUUCGAGAGCCUGAAAUCCGAUUUCAACAAGUACUGGAUCCCCUGCGUCUGGUUUACCAACCUGGCAGCCCAGGCCCGGAGGGAUGGGCGGAUCCGUGAUGACAUUGCUCUCUGUCUGCUCCUGGAAGAGCUGAACAAGUACCGGGCCAAGUGCAGCAUGCUAUUCCACUAUGAUUGGAUCAGCAUCCCUCUCGUCUACACCCAAGUGGUGACCAUAGCGGUAUAUUCCUUCUUUGCCCUCUCCCUGGUUGGCCGCCAGUUCGUGGAGCCCGAGGCAGGGCGGGCCAGACCUCGGGAGCCUUUAGAGCCGGGCCAGGAGGCGGCGUCCACCCUGGGGGACCUGGACAUGUAUGUGCCUCUCACUACUCUGCUGCAGUUCUUCUUCUAUGCUGGCUGGCUCAAGGUGGCCGAACAGAUUAUCAACCCCUUUGGUGAGGAUGAUGACGACUUUGAGACCAACAAGCUCAUAGACCGCAACUUGCAGGUGUCUCUGUUAUCCGUGGACGACAUGUACCAGAACCUGCCUCCCACCGAGAAGGACCUGUACUGGGAUGAAGACUCCGCGCAGCCGCCCUACACGGUGGCCACGGCCGCCGACGCUCUGCGGCCUUCCUUCCUGGGCUCCACCUUCAACCUUCGCGUGAGCGACGACCCCGAGCAGAGCGUGCAGGUGGAGGCGUCCCCAGGGCCCGCUCGGCCGCUGCCCGCCGCGCAGACCCCGCUGCUCGGCCGCUUCCUGGCCGCGGGAGCACCCUCCCCGGCCAUCAGCCUCAGGACCUUCGGCCGCGCCCGAGGAGCCCCCCGGACCCCGCAUGUGCUGCGCUUCCGAGCGGAGGAGAGCGGCGACCCCGAGGCCGCGGACCGCAUCGAGGAGGCGUCGGUGGGGUCAGAGGACGAGGCCCGGGAGCCCUGA